AUGGAUUUUGAAGGAGAAAGAUGGGUUACAUUUCCAAAGUAUAGUGAACAGUAUAGGAAGGGGGUCAAAGAGUUUAUUAAAAAUGCUUUUACCGAAUUUGGGUUGGGAAAAGAAAUGAAAUGUCCUUGUAGAAAAUGUGCUAGUCGUUAUUGGAAUAGUGAAAAUGGUAUCCAUGAACACCUCAUAUGUAAUGGUCUGUGUCCACAGUCCAUUCAGUGGAUUUAUGAGGUGUCAACCCAAAAGAAAAAUGACAUUGAGGAUGGGAUGGAUAUUGAAAAUGGUUUAGGUUUAGGAAAUGAGUUCGAGGAGAUGAUACAACAUAUAUAUGAGAAUAAUAUUGGUACUGAACAUGGAGGCAGAAAGGGGAUGGACGAUGAAGCCAAGAAAUUUUAUCGGCUUGUCGAGGAGGGUGGGCAGCCUUUGUAUCCUGAUUGUACAACAUUUACUCGACUUAGUUUCAUAGUUAGAUUGUACCAAUUGAAAUGUGUUCAUGGAAUGACUGAGUCGGGAGUUAGCGAUUUACUUAAGUUGAUUAAGGAUGCUUUUCCUAAUGUCAACAUACCAUCCACUUUUAAUGGUGCGAAGACUAUGAUUAAAGAUCUAGGCCUUAAUUAUGAAAAGAUACAUGCAUGUAAAAAUGAUUGCAUGCUACUUUGGGCCGAAAAUGAGAAAUUGGAUGUUUGCAAAAAAUGUGGAGCUUCAAGAUGGAAAGAGGUGGAAGAUAAGAACAACGGUGUUGAGAGCAAUAAGGUACUGGUGAAGGGACAUAAAAUCCCAUUAAAAGUGAUGAGAUAUUUUCCUUUAAAGAAAAGGCUACAAAGAAUGUUCUUGAGCUCAGAAAUGUCUAAACUAAUGACAUGGCAUGCUUUAGCACGAAAGAAGGAUGGACGACUAAGGCAUCCAGCUGAUGGUCAGGGUUGGAAGUCGAUGGAUAACAAGUAUCCAGAUUUUGCGGGAGAAAUUCGAAAUGUUAGGUUGGGUUUAGCCGCUGAUGGAUUUAAUCCAUAUCGUACAAUGAGCAUUUCUCACAGCACCUGGCCCGUUGUUCUAGUUAAUUACAACCUCCCGCCUUGGUUAAUCAUGAAACCAAAAAACCUUAUUCUUUCAACCAUAAUCCCAGGCCCUACCCAACCUGGUAAUGAUAUCGACAUAUAUCUACAACCCUUAAUUGCAGAACUGAAAGAAUUAUGGGUCGAUGGAAUACAAACAUAUGAUACAAGGUCUGACUGUACAUUUAAGCUACAAGCCGGCCUUCUUUGGACAAUAAGUGAUUUCCCCGGAUAUGGAGUUUUAUCAGGUUGGAGCACUAAAGGUCAUCUAGCCUGUCCUUCGUGUCACUAUGAUACCUCAUCAAUAUAUUUGAAGCAUAGUAAAAAGGUUGUGUAUUUGAAUCAUCGAAAAUUUCUAAGUCCCGAUCACAAGUGGAGGUCUGAUAAAAGACGGUUUAAUGGUGAAGUGGAAAUGGGAGAAAGGCCUGAACUGUUAACAGGCAUGGAGAUUCAGAACCUGUUGUCUCGUUACGAGAAUUGUUUUGGUAAGGGAAACACGAAGCAGAUGGGUUGUUCUUCAGAUUGCCCUUGA